GGGUUGCUAUAAAUACCCCUUCUCUCCCUUUUACACUUGCAACCAACAAUUCUUCUGCUUUCUGCUUCUGCUUCUUGGGUUUUUUGGGUACUUGGGUUUUUUUUCUCAUAGAAAUUUCAUCAAUGGCUGGAAUUGUGGUGGUUUUUGACUUUGACAAGACCAUUAUUGAGUGUGAUAGUGAUAACUGGGUGGUGGAUGAGUUGGGUGCAACUGAUUUGUUCAAUCAACUUCUUCCCACCAUGCCUUGGAACUCUCUCAUGGAUAGGAUGAUGGAGGAGCUUCAUUCACAAGGAAAAACCAUUGAAGACAUUGCAGAGGUUCUGAAAAGGACUCCAAUUCAUCCUAGAGUUGUCCCAGCAAUUAAAGCAGCCCAUGCUUUGGGGUGUGAUUUGAGGAUUGUUAGUGAUGCAAAUCUGUUUUUCAUUGAGACAAUCUUGAAGCAUCUUGGGCUGGAGGAGUAUUUCUCAGAGAUCAACACCAACCCAAGCUAUGUUGAUGAAGAAGGAAGGCUUAGGAUUUCUCCUCACCAUGAUUUCACCAAAUUCUCUCAUGGCUGCAGCCUCUGCCCUCCCAACAUGUGCAAGGGUGUGGUCAUUGAAAGAAUCCAAACUUAUGUAUGCACUGAAGGGAAGAAGAAGAUAAUCUAUCUUGGAGACGGCAGUGGAGAUUAUUGCCCAAGCUUGAAGCUCAAGGAAGGAGAUUUUGUAAUGCCAAGGAAAAACUUCCCACUGUUUGAUCUAAUCUGCAAGGACCCUUUGCUCAUCAAGGCAGGCAUCCAUGAGUGGACUGAUGGGGAGGAGCUUGAGCAGAUUCUGCUCAGCCUCAUCAACACAAUUUCCAUGGAGGAAAAUGCUCAGUUUAUCUCAGCUGAUUGCAAGUUGCAGACCAUCUCUGCUUCUGCUCAUGAGGCCUUUCCUAAGGCUCUCCCUGUUCAGCAAUAGUAGUAGUACUAAUCAUAAUUAACAUGUGUGUAUGUACAACUUUGGUUGGGUUUUACCCUAAUUAAUGUGAUGCUGGCAAAUUAAUGUCAUGGCCAGCAAAUUCAGAAGAAACCCUUUUUACCCUUCUGCUUUGGGUCUUUUGGGUUUAGAAAUAGGCUUUGUAAGUUUAUGAUUUUGUAUUGAUCAAGAAAAUUGGAUCAAUAUACAUUUUCCAUGGAAAAAAAAGGGGUGAAAUUGGAAAAUGCUUGCUGUAUUUAUGGGCUUUCCAAUUCUUACAUAGGCCGAAUAGCAGCCACAUGGUCAUUUACAUAGGCAGGGCCUUCAAUCUUUCAGAUAACUCCAUAUUUUGGAUUGUAUAUAUCUGCCAAUAUAGUUUGGGUCACCUCCACUUUUCUAGUUUUUAUAUACAAAAUAUUAGAUAAA